AUGUCUCGGUGGGAAAUGUACCUCGAGUCUAUUUACUACGAUGUAAAACAUCCUGGGAGUUAUGCAGGUCCUAGUAAACUGUAUCAAGCUGUUAAAGCAGAGGCUAAAUUUAAAAUUCCUCUGACACGUAUUAAAUCAUGGUUGAAAGGUCAAGAGACCUAUACCAUGACACAUCAAGUGAGGCGAAAGUUUCCAAGUAAUACCUAUGUUGUGGAAGGGUUAGACAGUCACUGGCAAUCCGAUCUAAUGGAUAUGGUGAGUUUGGCUAAAUACAAUGACGGGGUGAGAUACCUCAUGGUGAUCAUUGAUCUGUUCUCCAGGUACUUGUGGGUGUUACCACUCAAGUCGAAAACGGGGAACGACUCAGGGUCAGGGUCAGAAUACAAGAACCAUAAGGUCAAAGCAUUCCUGAAAUCGCAUGGCAUAACGCAGCUGUUUGCUCUAAAUGAAACCAAAGCAAGUUAUGCCGAACGGGUCAUUAAAACCAUCAAAAUGCGUCUCUAUCGCUACAUGUUAAACAACUGUACUUACAAGUACACGGAUGUCCUAGAGAAGGUCAUCUAUAGCUAUAGCCACACCAAGCAUCGAAUGUUAGGUCAAACACCAACCAGUGUCAACCAAACGAACGAAGGAGAGAUCCGUCUGUCUCAGUACCUGAUCAAACCUAAAAAGGCAAUCCACAAAAAGAAGUUUAUAUUUAACAUAGGUGAUAAAGUACGAGUCAGUCAUCUUCGGGGCACCUUUGAUCGAGAAUACCAAGAGAAAUGGUCUGGCGAAAUAUUUACCAUUGAGAAAAGGUACUGGUCUCAAGGUAAAGACUUGUACAAAUUAAAGGACUGGGGUGGUGAUGUCAUCGAAGGGACAUUCUAUGCAGCUGAACUUCAAAAGGUGACUGAGAAUCCUGAUCAACUGUACCGUAUCCAAGACAUUGUGAAAAGGAGAACUCGUAACAAACAGAAAGAAGUGUUGGUCAAAUGGCUUCACUGGCCUAAGAAGUACAAUUCGUGGAUUCAAGAAGCAGACGUUGUUCGAUAUCAGACAGUAUAA